UGUACUCCAUCCUGAGCACGGCCACCCUCCUCUCUCCCCUUUUUGCAUCUACAAAUUGGAUUAUUCUUUGCUUUUUUUUAUUGCAUUGGAUUGAUUUUUUAGGUUUUUUUUUUGCAUUGCACUAGGAUUUAUGCCUUUUUCCCACCCUGCAUCGGAGCCAGUGAUGCAACAGCAAGACCUCAGCUUCCUCCCAGCCUUGGAUGUCACCUGCAGGGAAUGAGGACACCCCAGCCUGAAGCAGGGGUGGGGACACCCCGUUUUUUGUGCUCCCCCCCAGGAAGGGAUGCUGUGAUUGUGGAGGAGAGCGUCGCCUGCCUUUACUGACAUUUAUUUUUCUAUUUAUUGCUCGGUGACAUAACGUGUGAUAGCGGGGCCUGGCGGAGGAGGAGGGGAGACUACUGAGCUCUGCGAGCCCUCUCAAGAUGUCAGCCAGGACGCCAUUGCCCACAGUAAACGAGCGGGACACGGAGAAUCACACAUCCCUGGAUGGAUACCAGGAACCGCAAGUCCCUCCCACCAAGUCCAGCAGUAGACAAAGCCUCCCGCGAUGUCGUAACUCCAUAGCGUCCACCACCGACGAGCAACCGCACAUCGGAAACUACCGUCUGCUAAAGACCAUCGGCAAAGGAAACUUUGCCAAAGUGAAACUGGCCAGACAUGUCCUGACCGGGCGAGAGGUGGCAGUGAAAAUAAUUGACAAGACUCAGCUAAAUCCUACCAGUCUACAAAAG